ACCAACAGCUUCACACGCGAUUUCUCCGAUGUACUGCGAAAGAUGACCGAAGCAACACAGCGGGCGGAACAACAUGGUUGGCAGAACCGCGGCCAGGGCGGUGCGGUCGUUCCUUGGCUGGAGGACCUGUUCUCCACUUCACUCGAGGAGACAAGCCACCCGCAGCAUGAUACUGAGAGCUCUACCACAGUUGACGACCUCUUCCGCCAUGCGCCAGACGCUUUCGGAUCUCUUAUCGAUGCAUUCGAGCGCAUCGCAGAGGCGCAUCAGUUCCGCAGCCCCUUACUCGACAAGCUAUGUCUGACGCGUCGUCAGUAUGCGGCAUCGAUCCCCGAACAGAUAGUCGCUCAGGGACAAUAGUGGGGUCUGUGAUGGAAAUAAUUUGUUUAUGGGCAGGAUUUCCAAUUGAUUGUCGCGUUUCGAGCACAUUGCAAUGAAAGAACAAGCUGAAUCUGUUCAUUGUCUACCUCGUUCUGCCAGAUGUCUUAAGUUUCUGGACGAUUGCAGCCCGCGCGCGUGCAAGGCCUGAUUUCGCAUGUUCAGGAGGCUUUCCGCGGGGCUUGGCUGCUGAGUUUAGCUGCGACACGUCAUCUCUCGACCGCUCGUGUUCAAGAAAAAGCGAUUCGGGAGCUGAUGAUAUCUUUCUCUGCGAAUGUUUUUCCGAAGCCCAUCUCUCUAAAAGUCCCGUUAGCA